CUGUUGUUCAGUACGGACAGAGUAAGUAACCGAUUUCUCUGAGGCUGGAUUUUAUGUUUCGGGGGUCGUGGAGUACUGAUCCUUAGAUUUUUGCACUGGGCUAUUUCAUAUUCAUGUGAUAUACGGCUUGUCAUGGCAACCAGGAUAGCACAACAGACAUCCUCAGGUCUCCCAGACUUUUUGCAGUUCAACGACCUGGCCAGCGAAGCUGCUGGUGGAAAGGUGAUAUUUGCCACAGAUGAAUGGUUUGCCCCAGCUCGAAACCUCUUGAAGAGAGAGACCCCUGAGUUUGUACUAUCUGCAUUUACUGAGUUUGGAAAAUGGAUGGAUGGUUGGGAAUCGCGGAGAAAGAGAAUUCCAGGGCAUGAUUGGUGCAUCAUAGAGCUCGGGGUGCCGGGGGUAGUGCAUGGCCUUGACAUGGACACGUCGUUCUUCACAGGGAACUACGCCCCCUCCGCCUCCCUGCAGGCUGCUUGUUUGGAGAAGCCGCCUGCUCUGAGUCUGGAUGGAGACCGCACUGGCAUGGCUGCUUCUGAGGAGCAGUUGAGACUUGCUGCUGAGCUGCACUCUGAGAAUUGGGAGGAGCUUGUUCCAGUGACAAAGCUGAAACCAGGAUAUGCCGACUCCUGUCACAACUACUUCCCUCUAAAUUCUUCACGAAGGGUCACGCACGUCAGACUCAACAUGUACCCAGAUGGGGGCAUCGCCAGAUUGAGAGUGUAUGGCGUGGGACAGAGGAACUGGUCGUCUGUGUCGUCUCAAGACGAGGUGGACCUGGUGGCACUGGUCAACGGAGGGGUGUGUCUUGGCUACAGUGAUGCCCACUUUGGCCACCCACGCAACAUGAUUGGUUUGGGCCGAGCACCCAACAUGGGGGAUGGAUGGGAGACGGCCAGGAGGCUGGACCGACCCGCCGUGCUGAAGAUGGAUGGGCAGGGCAUCCUACAGGUGCCUGGCUCUGAGUGGGCCAUCUUUAGGCUGGGCCAUCCUGGAGCCAUCCACAGCAUGGAGAUCGACACCAACCACUUCAAAGGUAAUUUCCCAGACUCCUGCAGGUUGGAGGUGUGCAGUUUGACACAAGAUGAGGAGGAGCGGUGUGUCAGCAGCAGGUGGAGGAGGGAGCCCCCUAGUGGAUGGAGAGUGCUCCUGCCUCCACAGAAGCUCCAGGCCCAUCACAGACACGUGUACUCUGGGGAAAACAUGGCGCGCUGUGGGACAGUCAGUCAUGUGCGCCUGGUCAUGGCCCCAGACGGCGGGGUCAGCAGGCUUAGGCUGUGGGGACGAAUCACCUCUGACCUCUCUUCCCACUCUGUGACGCCCCCAAAACCCAUCUCCAAACUGUGAUUCCAGAGUGUGCAUAUUUGUCUGUGUGCUACAGAUGUUUGUAAUAGCUAAUAACGCCUCAUAUUCACAAAUACAGGCCUUUGAAGUA